AGCAUUUACCUGUCUAGGUAAGUCAGGAGGAGGUCAAAAGAAGGAGAAAACAGGAGCAGGCAGGGGAAGCAGUCUCUGUCUCCGUCUCUGCCCUUUGAAAUAAAAGGGUAUUCCUUUCCUCUCUUCAGCCCCUCAACCCAGUGGAGGCCCGGCUUGGGACAUUCUCCGCUUCCCUUCACUUCCCCUCUGGGAGCCCCUUUUGCCACCCCUGCACCUUGCUUCGGGCAAUGCCCGAGAGGGAGCUGUGGCCAGCGGGGCCUGGCUCAGAACCCGUGACCCGCGUCGGCAGCUGCGACAGCAUGAUGAGCACCACCUCCACCCGCUCUGGAUCUAGUGACAGCAGCUACGACUUCCUGUCUGCUGAAGAGAAGGAGUGUCUGCUCUUCCUGGAGGAGACCAUCGGCUCAUUGGACACUGAGGCUGACAGCGGACUGUCCACUGACGAGUCUGAGCCAGCCACAACGCCCCGAGGAUCGCGGGCACUGCCCGUAGCCCAGCCUGCUCCCCGGGGAGAUCCAGAAGAGACGGUCAUUCAGCAAGGACCAGCGCCAAGGAGAGUGACUCAGUCCAGCUCAUCCCACCCUCUUGAGCCCCAGAGCCUGGGCCUCAGGUCUGGCUCCUACAGCCUCCCCAGGAAUAUCCACAUUGGCGGAAACCAGAACCUCAGGAAAAGCACCCCCCAGGCUGACAGCCGUGUGGUCGCUGGAGAACCUGAGAGGCCUGCAGCAGAGCCUGAGAAAGCACAGGCCAGCCAGGGCGCCGAGCCCCACUGGGCACCCGCCAGCCCCCGGGCAGCUGCCCUAGAUUUGGACGUGGUGCUCAUCCCUCCGCCAGAGGCUUUCCGGGACACCCAGCUGGAACGGUGCAGGGAAGGCCACCUGCCCGAGGGGCCAGGACAGCAGAGCCACACACCCCAGCUCCACACGCCAGCCAACCCCCAGAAGAGAGAGCAGAUUCCUUCAGAGGCCAUGUCCCAAAAAGCCAAGGAAAAAGACUCAGAGGGGGACCCAAGACAACCAGGGCCUCCUCCUGCCAUGCUGUCUCAGAGUGCAAGAGCUGAGGACGCUCCCCUUCCAUCAGGGGAGGACCCGCGUGCCCGACUGCCUCCCCUCACAGCCCCUAAGCCCCGGAAGCUGCCACCUAAUAUUGUUCUGAAGAGCAGCCGAAGCAGCUUCCACAGUGAUCCUCAGAACUGGCUGUCCCGCCACGCUGAGGCCACCUCUGGGGAUUCCGGCCUGGUCUCCUCUUCAGUGCAGGAGCAGCGGAAAGCACGCAGAGAGGCUCUGGAGAAGCUGGGGCUACCCCAGGACCAAGAUGAGCCCGGCCUCCACUUAAAGCCCACCAGCUCCAUCAGACUCAAGGAGACUCGUGCUCAGGGUCCUUCCUCGGCUCCUGCUCCAGCUCCGGCUCAGCCUGCAGGUCCCGCUCCGGUCUCAGCAGCUGUCCCUGCUGCAGGGAAGCCUCCGGCUCCAGCUCCAGCUCAGGGUCCUUUGCCAAUGAAGGCUCCUGCUCCAGCUCUAGCUCAGGAGUCUUCUCCAAGCAAAGUUUUGAUUUCUGCCCAGGAAACCCCUCCAGGGAAUGUUGCAGCUGCCAAAUCCAUGCCAAUUCCCAUCCCUAAGGCCCCAAGGGCAAACAGCCCCCUGACCCAUCCAAAGCCAGACUCGGGGCUGACUCUCCAGCAGAGCAACAUCCCUGGCCUGAGACAGAUGAGCUUCAAGUCCAACACACUGGAGCGUUCAGGCGUGGGGCUGAGCAGCUACCUCUUGGCUGAGAAGGACGUCAGCCCCAAAACCAGCACUUCUCUGGAAAAGACCUCCUUCUUGGACGAGGUCUCGCCCAGCGCAUUGCGUAACUCCCGGCCCCGGCCUGCCUCCCUGGGCACAGGGAAAGACUUUGCAGGCAUCCAGGUGGGCAAGCUGGCAGACCUGGAGCAGGAGCAGAGCUUCAAGCAUCUGUCCUACCAAGGACAGAGCCGUGACAAGCUUCCUCGACCCCUUUGUGUCAGUGUCAAGAUCUCCCCAAAGGGCGUCCCCAACGAACACAGAAGGGAGGCCCUGAAGAAGCUGGGACUGCUGAAGGAGUAGACUCUGGCCACCAGCACUGCCGGCACCGCCCGCCCCCGCUGCACCAGGAGGGACGGGGGCUCCACUCAGGAAUUUCUGCCACCUCACGAUGCGGGGCUUGGGCAGGGGUGGGCUCCGCUCAGGUGCUCUCUGAGGUGAAGGGGAGGGAGAGAUUUGAGCCCAAGCAUGUUUUUAUAUUCGGAGUGUUGUGCUACUGCGUGCCUGGACAAGCGUGUGUGUGUGUGUGUGUGUGUGUGUGUGUGUGUGCGCGCGCGCACAUGUGUGUUGUAGACUGUGUGUAUCGCUGAAGCUAUUUAUGUAACACAGGAGUCAUUGCUGAGUUCUGCCCUUGCUGGAGAUUUUCGUGCAGUGGGUAGACUUCAGCCUGGCCAGAACUGCGUGGGGGCCAAGCCUGAGAAGAAAAGCCAGAUGAGACCAUGGAUGUGCAGUGACUUGAAAAAAAGUUACACCCAGCAGCUGCAAGGUCACGUGAAAUGUGGGCCUCCCAGAGUCCCCGCGGUGGCCAGAGACUGGCUCACACCUCGCCAGCUCCCCUUCUCGGUUCCGACCUCUGGACAAAGCCUGGGGCCAAGAGGAGUUGGUUUGUUAUCUCCUCACCCACUGCCUUCAUGGUGUCAUGGUCCCGAGGAUAGGACACAUCCUUGUCACUAAACCUCUCGGUUGACUGAUAGCAGAACAGCCUUCUCCGGCCUGAGGAGGCAGGAUAAGUGACCACACGCUGUCGCCUCCACCUCUGCUGCGGAGAGUCCCUGUCUACGGUCUUGAUAAAUCCAAUAAAAACCGUGUUGUGGU